AUGAAGAUCGUGCGGUCCCUGACGAUUCUAGGGCGCCACUGCCUUCCUAUAAGAGGGUUUCAAGAUAGGGUUUCAGCUAGCAAAAUGGACGCGGAAUUGGCUAAGGUGCAGGCUGAGAAAAGAUUCCCCAGCCGCUUGGAUCUGCGGCUCAAGAAGCGCGAUUUCUCUGCCCUUCAGAGUGGCAAUCAAUGUCUGGCGGAAAAAAAGAAAGCGCAGCUGCGGAAGGAGGAAGGGCAGCUGCGGAAGAAGGAAGAACGGGAACGGCUGCGGGAGGAAAACCUCCUCCUCCUCAGAAGUAAUGUGCCCCAUGGAAUCCACGGAUCUGGUGUACCAGCUGGUGUGGCGGCCCUUGCAAGGGCUACUGACACUCCAGAUUCUAAAUUCUGGAUUCUAGAUAGCGAUGCACUGGGAGAUUAUGGCCAACCUUUCCUGCUUUGGAAACGAAAGGCGUAUGCGAGUCUAGAAUCAAAAAUCGUGGAGCGGCUCAACAACUUCACUUCUUUCAUCGUCCUAGGCACUGCAGGGAUAGGGAAAACGUUCUUUGGCUACCACUGGAUUAUUAGGCUGGGCCAAAUGGGGCAUGAAAAGGUGCUAUACAAGGAUGGGAAGUUUGUCUACAUCCUGAAUUUGCGAAGGCGGUGUGCUGAAGGUCGUUAUGACGUGAGUGACCAAAUUAUAUGCGAAAUGCUGGACGAUCCGUCGAUGUGGCUAGUGAUAAAUGAGAAGCAGAAGACGCCUUUCCCUCGCAGAUGUCGAGUUCUUUUGGUUCCCUCAUCUAGGGAGAAAAACUACAAUGAGUUUGGCAAGGGGGGGCUUUGUUGCAUGCUUUAUAUGUCGGUGUGGUCUAGGGAGGAGAUUGGGAAAUUCCUUGACGACUUUGAGCCUUACCGAACUAGUUACGGGAACAUGAAUGUGGUGGACAGAAAGGAAGGGUUUGACAACUUCGAUUAUUUGGGUGGAGUUCCUAGGUAUGUACUGCGUGCAACAAAGCUGAAUGAGGGGAAGGCCAUGGCCAAGACUGCGGUUGUGUUGUUCGGAACAAGUGUAUCCAGAGCGGGCACGGUUUUGUCAGGAGGGUACGUGGAAGACGUCAGCGACUGGAUUCUGCACAUUGUGGCAACUGAGGACCACGGCGAAAAGACAUAUCAGUUUGCAAGCGAGGCUUUGAUAACAGAGCUUGGGAAUCAGUAUCUGCUUGCUGGACCUGUGCGUGUGGUGGAAUUUCUGAAAGAAACAUUCAGCUGCUCUUGGGUGGGGGCUUUGUGGGGGAGGCUUUAUGAACCUCUUGUGCAUAGGCUGCUGUUGAAGGGUGGUGAUUUUGUUAUCAAGCCAGUUUACGCUGAUGGAAGCUCCGGUCCUGAGACUUCCCAUCAUAUUGGACCUCAUAUCAUGCUAGAGGCAAGUUCUGCUGGUGAGUUUCAAGGAAAGAUAGGGAUGGGCAAGUAUGUGAAACCAACUUCUGAAGUCUUUCCGAGCAUUGAUUCUGCUAUGGAUAAAGACAUUCUCAUUCAGGUCUUCAAGAGACUGGAUGGAAAACACGGCUUUAAAGCGAGUGACUUAGAAAUGGUGGAUGCUGCGUUGAAGAGAUCAAGCUACAGGUUGUGGUCGUGUGUUCCGAAAGAGACGUUUCCAGGAACAGGAUGGCAGCAAUACAAGAAUAAUAAAGAUGGAGUCUAUGGGAAAAGAAAUGCAGUAUUUGGGAAGAGGCGCCAGUUUGUUGUUCAAGUGGACUACGAGGAUGCACAAAUUGCAAAAGGAUGGAAGAAGAGUCCAAAGAUCAAGCUCCGGAGAAUGAAAAGAAAACGAAGCAAGCGUACCUUUACAGCUUCAGAAAUAGUUUCUCGGACGAACGAAACAAGAAAUUUACGGCACGAUCACAUCUCGCAAGUUGCCAAGACUUGUAGCAGCAAAGACUGCGCUAAAAACAUAGUCUGCUGA